AUGACUUCGUUACGAGAACUCAAACCGGAAUGUCUCUAUGCUGUUGUAGAUAUGGGGAGCAAUGGCAUACGUUUCUCCAUUUCUAACCUCGAAGCACCGACAACGCGAAUCAUGCCCACUGUUUUCCAAGAUCGGGCAGGUAUAUCACUGUACGAUGCUCAAUUCACAACGGCUGAUGGUCGACGCGGCCCAAUUUCGGCGUCAGUGAUUGAUGACGUUAUUUCAAGACUACUACGCUUCAAGACAACUUGUGAGGACUUCGAAGUGUCGGCGGAAAAUAUAUACGUUUUGGCUACGGAAGCUACGAGGACUGCACCCAAUUCGAAGGAAUUCAUUGAUACAAUAAAGGAACGCACUGGAUGGGAUGUACGAAUGCUCUCAAAAUCAGAUGAGGGCCGUAUCGGUGCCUUGGGUGUUGCAAGCAGCUUUGCCUCCGUGCAAGGGUUAGUGAUGGAUCUUGGUGGUGGUAGCACACAACUUACGUGGAUGGUUGCGAAAGACGGAAAUGUUACAACCAGCCCGCAGGGGUCAAUCAGCUUUCCAUAUGGCGCCGCGGCACUUACGAGGAGACUACAGGACACCAGAAAUAAGGGGGCUGGUGCUGAAAGGGAAUUGAUUGCAGAAAUGAAGGAAAAUUUUCGAAAUGCUUACAAGGACUUGCAGGUACCUGGUAGCCUUGAGCAUGCUGCCACCGCGCAGGGGGGAUUUGACCUCUACUUGUCAGGUGGAGGCUUUCGGGGAUGGGGCUAUCUACUCAUGAGUCAGUCUAGAUUGGAUCCUUAUCCUAUUCCUAUUAUCAACGGAUUCGAGGCAGUGCCCGCCGAUUUUCAGGACACAUCAAGCAUCAUGCAAACUGCAUCAACAUCGGAAGAGAAGAAAAUAUUUCGUGUGUCCAAACGACGGGCGUCACAAGUUCCGGCUGUGGCUUUGCUUGUUCAUGUCCUUACAGAGUGUCUACCUACCAUUAGGUCUGUCCAGUUCUGUCAGGGGGGCGUGCGGGAGGGGUUUCUUUUCGACAUGCUCGAACCCAACAUACGGAAACAAGACCCCAUUCUUAUUGCUACUAUUCCUUAUGCCACCUCUUCAGCGGGUGCCAUUUACGAACUUUUGCAAUCCUCAGUACCAGAAACUCCAUCCCCUAUACAUUCACGACAUGUUCCAGAGUCAUUCUCUCCCAGUCUCUUACGUGCCAUUAGUAAUCUUGUCUUUGUCCAUGCAUCUGUGCCGAGGGAGACUCGACCGGCCGCUGGACUAUAUAGUACUACAACUGGUAUUCUAGCAUCGGCAAACAGUCUUGCCCACCGAGACAGGGCGAUCAUUGCACUGGUGCUUUCUGAGCGAUGGCCGGGAGAUUUAGCACCGGCCGAAGAGUCUUUUCAGAGACGUCUCCGGCAAUUCGUCUCGUCUGAAGAGGCAUGGUGGUCCCAGUAUCUUGGUCGUGUUGCCUCGCUGAUUGGAGACGUAUACCCAGCUGGCCGUGUACCUGCUAGGAGACCACGUAUACAGUUUAGCACGAAGUGGGAGCAAAUAUUCAAGAAAAAACAAGGCACCACCGAUUGUCUCUGUCUGCAGGUUCAAUUCCACGAGCAAACCGAACAGACAAUCACAAAGGAAGCUCUACUUAACACCACCAACUUGAUUGAAAACUGCGGGAAAAUGAAGAACUGGAUCAAGGGGGACGAUCGACUAGGAAAUUAUGGAGUAAGCACUGAGGUUAGACUUCACUCGUAG